AUGAGACCUUAACAAAAUAUUAAUAACCAAUGAAGAAAGUAAUGAAGUUUGUAUAAAAAUUUCUCUUUUAAGGAAAAAAAAAUGUUUAAUGUAUUUGUGUUAGUAUUUAAAGGAGCCCUUAAUUUUCAGUAAUGAAAGAAGUGUCUUUUCACAUAGUCUCAUCUUCUUCAUCCCCAAAUCUCACUUCACAGUUCAGACAAAGAUUCUUCCUUUAUUCAUUUUAUUGGUCCAACAAUGGCAGCAGCAGCAGCCAUGGCGAUCUCAUUCACUCCCCACAACCCUUUUUCCAAAUUACCCAUCUCUUUAACUCGAUCCCUUCUCCCAAUCACCCCCAAACCAUUUUCACUCAAAACCCUAAACCCUAGAAAAACCCUAAAAUUCAUAACCAAAUCCAAAUCCUCCGAUCUCGACAAUGCCCUCUCCAACUCACCUUCCACUCUCCCAACCCUCUCUCCCCAAACCCUAAAAUCCCGUCUCCACGCCGGCGAAACCCUCUACGGCCUUUUCCUCCUAAGCCUCUCACCAACUCUCGCCGAAAUCGCCGGUCUCUCCGGCUACGAUUUCGUCGUUGUAGACAUGGAACACGGUCCCGGCGGAAUCCCCGAAGCCCUAAACUGCCUCCGAGCCCUCGCGGCCACACAAACUCCGGCCAUUAUCCGAUUACCGGAGACAAAUCCCACUUGGGCAAAGAAAGCACUCGAUCUCGGUCCCCAAGGGAUUAUGUUUCCGAUGAUCGAUUCACCCGAAGAAGCCGCGAAAGCCGUCUCGUACUGUCGAUUCCCGCCGGCGGGGAUUCGCGGCACUGCUCACACCGUAGUUAGGGCUUCGUGUUACGGAAUCGACGAAGGGUAUUUUAGUAAUUUCGCAGACGAGCUUCUAAUCAUGUGCCAGGUGGAAUCUGAGGAAGGAGCUAAGAAAGCUGGUGAGAUCUCAGCCGUUGAUGGUGUUGAUUGUGUUCAAAUGGGACCGUUGGAUCUUAGUGCUAGUAUGGGGUAUUUGUGGGACCCAGGGCACAAGAAGGUUAGAGAGAUGUUGAGAAUGGCCGAGAGGGGUGUCUUGGAAACGACCGCUGCCGGAGCCGCCUCUGACGGCGGCGCCGUCGCCGGAGGAUUCUUGGCUGGAUUUGCUAUGCCGCACGAUUCGCCGGAGCAGUUGAAGUCACGUGGGUAUCACAUGGUUUCGGGUGCGGUGGAUGUUGGGAUGUUUAGAAGGGCUGCCGUUGAUGAUGUGAGGAAGUUUAAGAUGAGUUUGAUUAACGGUUCUGAUGAUGAGUUGGACCAUGGUAAGGAUUCUGAUGAGAAGUACUGGAGUGAGUGAAUGAGAGAUUUUCAUUUAUUUUUUUCUUUUAUUGUAAAGAAAUUUUGUUGAGUAUUUUAAGAAAAAUGAAAUAAUAAUAAGAAAAAAUUGGAUUGUCAAA